AUGCGUGCUCUCCCACCCUCCCCGUCUCCUAAGUGCACAGGCAUGCAUGGUUUCACCCUGGGUACAGGUGGAACCAUCUCAUCAUCAUUUCGUUGCGCACGGCCGAAAACCGGCAGAUUGUCCAUAUCAAGAACUACAACUAAAGCUGACAGAUUGUCCACAUCAAGACCCAUAGCUACAGCUGACAGAUUGUCCAUAUCAAGAACCAUAGCUGACAGAUUGUCCAUAUCAAGAACCAUAGCUACAGCUGACAGAUUGUCCACAUCAAGAGCCAUAGCUGACAGAUUGUCCUUAUCAAGAGCCAUAGCUACAGCUGGCAGAUUGUCUAUAUCAAGAGCCAUAGCUACAGCUGAUAGAUUGUCCACAUCAAGAACCAUAGCUACAGCUGGCAGAUUGUCCACAUCAAGAACCAUAGCUACAGCUGACAGAUUGUCUAUAUCAAGAGCCACAGCUACAGCUGGCAGAUUGUCUAUAUCAAGAGCCAUAGCUACAGCUGAUAAAUUGUCCACAUCAAGAACCAUAGCUACAACUGACAGAUUGUCCAUAUCAAGAACCAUAGCUACAGCUGACAGAUUGUCCAUAUCAAGAGCCAUAGCUACAGCUGACAGAUUGUCCACAUCAAGAACCAUAGCUACAGCUGACAGAUUGUCCACAUCAAGAACCAUAGUUGACAGAUUAUCCACAACAAUAGCCAUAGCUACAACUGACAGAUUGUCCAUAUCAAGAACCAUAGCUACAGCUGGCAGAUUGUCCAUAUCAAGAACCAUAGCUACAGCUGACAGAUUGUCUAUAUCAAUAGCCAUAGCUACAGCUGACAGAUUGUCCAUAUCAAGAACCAUAGCUGACAGAUUGUCCAUAUCAAGAACCAUAGCUACAGCUGACAGAUUGUCCACAUCAAGAGCCAUAGCUACAGCUGACAGAUUUUCCAUAUCAAGAGCCAUAGCUACAGCUGGCAGAUUGUCUAUAUCAAGAGCCAUAGCUACAGCUGACAGAUUGUCCACAUCAAGAACCAUAGCUACAGCUGACAGAUUGUCCACAUGAAGAACCAUAGCUACAACUGACAGAUUGUCCAUAUCAAGAACCAUAGCUACAGCUGGCAGAUUGUCCAUAUCAAGAACCAUAACUACAGCUGGCAGAUUGUCCACAUCAAGAGCCAUAGCUACAGCUGGCAGAUUGUCUAUAUCAAUAGCCAUAGCUACAGCUGACAAAUUGUCCAUAUCAAGAACCAUAGCUGACAGAUUGUCCAUAUAAAGAACCAUAGCUACAGCUGAAAGAUUGUCCACAUCAAGAGCCAUAGCUGACAGAUUGCCCAUAUCAAGAGGCAUAGCUGCAGCUGACAGAUUGUCCAUAUCAAGAGCCAUAGCUACAGCUGGCAGAUUGUCCACAUCAAGAACCAUAGCUACAGCUGACAGAUUGUCCACAUCAAGAACCAUAGCUACAGCUGCAGAUUGUCUAUAUCAAUAGCCAUAGCUACAGCUGACAGAUUGUCCAUAUCAAGAACCAUAGCUGACAGAUUGUCCAUAUCAAGAACCAUAACUACAGCUGACAUAUUGUCCACAUCAAGAGCCAUAGCUGACAGAUUGUCCAUAUCAAGAGCCAUAGCUACAGCUGACAGAUUGUCCAUAUCAAGAGCCAUAGCGAUAGCUGGCAGAUUGUCUAUUUCAAGAGCUAUAGCUACAGCUGACAGAUUGUCUACAUCAAGAACCAUAGCUACAGCUGGCAGAUUGUCCACAUCAAGAACCAUAGCUACAACUGACAGAUUGUCCAUAUCAA